GUAUUAAAAACAGAGAGAGAGUCUGACGGCGCUGCCGAGUAUUUUUGCGCUCAAGUCGUCUGCUCUUGCCAUCAGGCAAGGCCUCCCUCUCGAUUCUGACCUUCCUCCUCCUCCUCCGGCGGCAUCGGUGACUUCGUCCGCGCCGCCCUCUCUCUCCGAGUUCUCGGCGUCAGGGGGGGAGGAGGCAGGACUUGCGCCCGGGCCGCCGGAGGGAGAUCCAGUCCAAGCAUGCGGAUCGCCGCGCGGUAGAUAUAUGAAAUUGAGGAACACAGCAAUAACACGAGCAAAUCCAGCCUCUCUUCCAAUGGGGGAUCGUGUUGGUGCCAAGUACAACAGUGUCAGUGAGGGCGAAGAGCGUAAGGGAGGUCAUGGCAUCCCAAAAGUUUCCAUGCUCCCCCUUGUCUUCCUCAUAUUCUAUGAAGUUUCUGGGGGUCCCUUUGGGAUUGAGGAUAGUGUCAAGGCUGCUGGGCCACUGCUAGCAAUUGUGGGUUUUCUUCUGUUUGCGCUCAUAUGGAGCAUUCCAGAAGCUCUAAUCACUGCUGAGAUGGGCACUAUGUUCCCAGAGAAUGGUGGUUAUGUUGUCUGGGUCUCUUCGGCUCUUGGUCCCUUUUGGGGUUUUCAGCAAGGCUGGGCCAAGUGGCUCAGCGGUGUCAUUGAUAAUGCCCUGUAUCCAGUCCUCUUUCUGGACUAUGUCAAGUCCAGUGUUCCGGCUCUUGGGGGUGGGCUACCAAGGACCCUGGCGGUGCUUAUCCUCACAGUCGCACUUACAUACAUGAAUUACAGAGGGCUAACCAUAGUUGGCUGGGUGGCAGUCUUUCUUGGGGUGUUCUCUCUCCUCCCAUUCUUUGUGAUGGGAUUGAUUGCUAUUCCUCGGAUUGAACCUUCAAGGUGGCUUCAAAUGGACUUGGGGAGCGUGAAUUGGGGUUUGUAUCUGAAUACACUGUUUUGGAACCUCAACUAUUGGGAUUCAAUUAGUACAUUGGCUGGAGAAGUCGAGAAUCCAAAGAGAACCCUCCCGAGAGCGCUUUCUUAUGCUCUAGUUCUAGUAGUGGGGGGAUACCUCUACCCGCUGAUCACUUGUACAGCAGCACUUCCAGUUGCUCGGGAGUACUGGUCAGAUGGGUACUUUUCAGACAUUGCAAGAAUUCUUGGUGGCUUCUGGUUGCACUCAUGGAUUCAAGCAGCUGCUGCAUUGUCCAACAUGGGCAACUUUGUCACUGAAAUGAGCAGUGAUUCUUACCAGCUUCUCGGAAUGGCUGAGCGUGGCAUGCUUCCUGAAUUUUUUGCCAAGAGGUCACGCUACGGGACCCCACUGAUCGGCAUCUUGUUCUCCGCCUUUGGUGUGAUCCUGCUGUCCUGGAUGAGCUUCCAAGAGAUCAUCGCAGCAGAGAACUAUCUCUACUGCUUUGGGAUGAUUCUGGAAUUCAUCGCCUUCAUCAAGCUAAGGGUGACCCAUCCGAACGCCUCCCGGCCUUACAAGAUCCCUCUGGGCACCAUUGGCACUGUUCUGAUGAUUGCCCCUCCUACUCUCCUGAUAGUGGUGGUGAUGGCCCUGGCAUCCUUCAAGGUGAUGGCUGUCAGCAUCCUGGCAAUGGUCGUUGGGUUCGUGCUGCAGCCGUGCCUGAUGUAUGUGGAAAAGAAGCGGUGGCUGAGGUUCUCCAUAAGCGCGGACCUGCCUGAUUUGCCUGAUUCGCGAGAAGCUGAAGAUGACGCUGUCCCGCUUGUGUUCUGAAUCGUUCGCAUUUUGUUCUGGAGGUGUAAUUCUCAGUUAGAGCAGCUUGAAAUGGUAGGAUCAUGGGUUUCCGACUUGUUUCACCUCAUCAGUUGCAGGGAUCUUAGUCGGCCUUGUAUAAUGUUACAUUACGUAGUCAUCAUGCUGUUGAAUAACAUGUUGACAUCAGAUAUAAAUGUAAUCCCAGCUGUGGUGAAUGGAGAGCUUAUAAUAGAAAGAACGCGGACUCUUGAACAGAAACAAAUAAUACUCUCUUUGUUUCUUGAUC